AUGGCCAGGACCGGCCGGCGCUCAAGCGGCUUGUGGCUGGCGGCGGCAGUCUGGCUCGCCGGCCUUUCUCUGACCUUCACGCCCGGGCCCCCAAAACCCUCGACCGGGUCUCAGAGCCCUCGCACCCUUCGCCAUGCCGAGCGCAGCGUUGUGAGCGGCGGCAUCCAGGGUGAGGAGAAGUUUGAUGGUAUCCUCGAUGAGAUUGCCGCCGCGGCCGAAGCGGAGGAUGAGGCGCGAGGGCCCUUGGAAGAGCCGGAGGAAGACGGCUGGGCCUGGAUCAAGGAAUCCUUUGGUUGGCUCUUGGUCGUGGACGUCUUCACCCUGAUCGCGCUGUCAGCUUGGCUCAUCGUGGGGCAGACAUUGAAAUGGCUGUUCGACUACGACCCCAUCAUAG